AUCACAAUUUGCUGUCGUGAGUUUGACAGUGAUUGGCAUUAAGAUGAACCAAUCACACAUCAGGAUGGACUCUGACAGGUCUCCUAACCAGUAGCUGAAUCGGUGACGCCCACAUGCCUCGCUUGGAUUGGUCAAAGGGGAGUGUUGGACUGUCUGAUUGUGGAGGUCCGCACGGGGGGGUAGAAGGUUGGUUACGUAGGGUCACGUGAUUCAACGGGAAGAUGGCUGCGCCGGUGGAUGAUGAGUUUGAAGAUGCCCCAGAUGUGGAGCCGCUAGAACCUACGUUGCUCAAUGUCAUUGAACAGCGCUCCCUCCGGUGGAUCUUUGUAGGAGGGAAGGGCGGAGUGGGCAAGACCACUUGCAGUUGCAGUCUGGCCGUCCAGCUUUCUCGGAUUCGGGAGAGUGUACUGAUCAUUUCCACAGACCCCGCUCAUAACAUCUCAGAUGCAUUCGACCAGAAGUUCUCCAAGGUCCCCACCAAAGUGCGCGGCUAUGACAACCUCUUUGCCAUGGAAAUAGACCCCAGCCUUGGGGUGGCUGAGCUGCCCGAUGAGAUCUUUGAGGAGGACAAUAUGCUGAGUAUGGGCAAGAAGAUGAUGCAGGAGGCCAUGAGCGCCUUUCCUGGGAUAGAUGAAGCCAUGAGCUAUGCGGAGGUGAUGAGGCUGGUAAAAGGGAUGAAUUUCUCGGUUGUGGUCUUUGAUACAGCCCCCACCGGGCACACACUUCGGCUUCUUAAUUUCCCGACCAUUGUAGAGCGAGGCCUGGGGAGACUGAUGCAGAUCAAGAACCAGAUCAGCCCAUUUAUAUCCCAGAUGUGUAAUAUGUUGGGUCUUGGAGACAUGAAUGCUGACCAGCUCGCCUCCAAACUAGAAGAGACUCUGCCAGUCAUCCGGUCGGUCAGCGAGCAGUUUAAAGAUCCGGAGCAGACGACCUUCAUUUGUGUCUGUAUCGCAGAGUUCCUGUCUCUGUAUGAGACUGAGCGGCUGAUCCAGGAGUUGGCCAAGUGUAAAAUAGACACUCACAAUAUUAUCGUCAACCAGUUGGUAUUUCCCGAGCCCGAGAAACCGUGUCGUAUGUGUGAGGCCAGGCACAAGAUUCAGUCCAAAUACCUGGACCAGAUGGAGGAUCUGUAUGAAGAUUUCCACAUUGUAAAGCUUCCCCUUCUCCCCCAUGAGGUCCGGGGAGCAGAAAACGUCAACACUUUCUCCAACCUUCUCCUCGAGCCGUACAAGCCCCCCAGCGGGAAAUGAGCUGUCGGGUUGUGUCGGUGGGGGGGGACAACCUUAGAGAAUCACAUCACAGCCCUGGCAGAUCAGGUUCCAUCCCUCCCACCACCACCUGUCUUCUGCCCCCACUCCCUUUCCCUUCUUCAUUUUGGGAGGGGUCUAUUUAUUUUCAGAUUUUGGGGUCCCAGUCUCUUUCUCCAUCUUGUUAUCUCUCCGUCGUCUCUCUCUCUCUCUCUCUCUCACCGUGCCUGUCUCUUCAUCUCAGAUUCCCAUCUACCCAUAAGAAUGCUGCGCCAUGACUC